UCAUAGACGGCAAGUAAGACUUAGAGUGCUGCAGUUAGAUAGCUUUGAGAGCUAGUUUUAGAUAGCUAGUGCAACUAUUCAGUCGUACACUGUUCUAUUAAACUUAGCUAGCUCGCAUGCAGCUGCUUGCUUGUCGGACACUUUGCAUGCUCUAUAAAAAUCUGUUCCAAUUAUACCCAGACAAUUUCCAAAAUAAUUAUUUUUUGCUGUCCGCAAAGACACCAUUACGGUCUACAAUUACGUACAGCUACCGGUAGCUAGCUAGCAAGACUAGCCUGUUAUUAAAAUAAUGUUAGCUAGACUAUAAUUAUACCCUUUAAUAGGCCAGCGUUCUGUAAAGUAAUGGCUCUGUCCCAGACUCCAGUGCAACCAUCAAACGAAAUUGAAAACAAUGAUUCAAGAGAAUUGGGCAAACACAUCUCUUUGGUGAAUAUUGAAGAAACGGAUACAGAGUAUACUAAGCUUAUACAAGACAAUUUCAAUGGCAACAGACAAACCAUUGUUGAUAGCCUUAAUCCAUCCGAGCUAUUCGACCUGGUAUACAAAUAUCGACUUGAUGAAAAAUUUACGAGCUCGAGCUGCUGUUACUCGCAGGGUGAAAAGGCUGAUAUGCUCCUCAUGCAAGUCAAAGAAUCCGGCGAUUUUAAAUAUUUUCUUGAUUACCUCCAGAAAAAAGCCAAGAAAGGUCAUCACAUGGGCCACCCGUACAUUGUAUCACUGCUCAAAGGUGAAGAUUUUGGAGAGGAGAAAGAAAUUAAAGAGUCAAGGGAAAUUUUGGAGAAAAUAAUAGAUAACAUGAGCUUAGUUCAAGAACAACUAGAAGUGAAAUCAUUGCUGCCCUAUCUUACCCAAUGUAGACUAGUCACUCCGAAUGAAACAGAGGAGUUAGAGAGUGCUACAAAAACUCGGCUAGACAAAGUGCAAAGACUUCUCACAAUUCUCCGAACUAAAGGACCCACUGCUUAUUACCUUUUCCUGCACAAAUGUCUAGGUAAGGACGGUUUUCAAAUUCACCAGGAUAUAUAUGAUAAACUAACUUCAACACUUCCCCCUACAAAGAAGAUACGACGGUCAAUACCUGACAACACUGAUCCCACAAUUGUACGGGAGCCACCACUCUGCCUGCUGCCUAACGGUAUAACAGAAAAAUGCUACAUAGAAAAAAUGUUAAGAGUUCGGCAAAACUACUCGGAUGCUAAACUUUUUUUAACCAAUGAAAUGGAUUCGCUGGAUAAUCCUCUGGAAGCUAGAAUCGCAUUCUGCCUGGAAAGGUGCUACUUCUACAUUACUAACAUAGAGGAAACUAAGCGCAUUGUUUUUGAGGCAAGAAAAAUGAUUAGCAAUGAGAUUGACAAAAAUACAGUUCUAGAAAGUCGAUGCGAGCUAGUGCUGGGACGAUGCUAUACAGUAUGUGGCAAAAAAGACCAAGCCAAGCAAUGCCUAGAUAGUGCUUUUACUGCACUAUCUGCUUUUGAAUCAGGAGAAGACGCGAUAUUGGCAAACUAUUUUGUAGCAUGCAGUCUCAGUACUGAUCGGAGUGACGAGAUUACUAUAUUCCUACGAAGAGUUAUUGACAUUGCAGCGAAACAAAACUAUGGUAUGGAUAUCGCUCAGUAUUGCAAAAUUCGUCUAGCUCAAGCUUACAUUGGCGUAUCAGCUGACAAUCCAGAUUCCUCUAAACGUGAUGUCUCACAAGAUGAUCUAAAACGUGCCAGUCAAUUGUUCAAACUUAAGCACGAAGACAUGCAACCUGCAGCAAAGUGCCUUUAUCUGAUUGCCUGCUCUGAUGUGCAUCGGCUUGAUGGAAAAUUCGCUGAAGCACAAAAAUACGCAAAGCAAGCAAAAGAGAUUGCUACGUCUGAUUAUCAACUUUCGUUAAUAACAAAGAGGCAAUCUCUUUUGCAGAAUUAGUUGUUACUGUUUACGUAUAUUAAAUUAUUAUUUGCAUUUCUAAUUAUUAUACAUUCCACGUAUGUUUAUUGCACAACUCAUUAGCAACAUGA